GAGUGCAGCGCGCCACCGAACUGAACAUGUGAUGAGCUCUUUGCAUCCGAAAGUGUAUUCUAGGAACACUUAGGCUCACUGGUCCCGUUUGAAAAAGGAAAUAGGCACAAAGAUCGUCGCGUUUUACAGCCCCACUGAACCGCUGAUCGUAACCGAAUAAUCGGUGUAUUUGAAUCCUUCCAAUUUUCCAUAUCGUGAAAAUUGGACAUUGGGAGACUGACGUACCCCGAACUGAUUCUACUGAAUCAAUUUAUACCCCCCACCACUCACUCAAGCUAACUCAUCCAUGGAUCUGGAGGGAAGGAAGACACUCAUUAGUACCUGCGCCUUGAUCGCGCUCUUACCUGCUUGUUUCGCCUUCUACGUGCCGUGCGACCCGUGCGAUCAGAAAGCGCUGUCCUUGUGUCCACCCCUACCCACGACCUGCCAGGCGGUGAAGGAGCCGGGAUGCGGCUGCUGCUUGACCUGCGCGCUCCAGGAAGGACAUACGUGCGGAGUCUACACGGGCACGUGCGCCGCGGGUCUGCGCUGCCUGCCGCUCGUCGGUGAGGAGAAGCCGCUGCAUGCCCUGCUACACGGCAGGGGUGUGUGCAUGAACGAAAAAAGCUUCAAGCCGGCCACGGAUCAAGAGUCACCAAAAGAUGUCCUGGGGCUAGUGUCUGAGGAUUUAUUUCACCAUUCUAAGGUGCCUUUGUUUUCUCAAAACCACAACAAGAAAGUAUUGGCUGUUCAUAAGGACAGGAAACAGUCUAAACACAGGAGCAUGGUCCAUAUGAACUAUUCCCCUCACAGCAUAGAGAAGGCCCAGCCUGAAAUGGGACUUUGUAGGAGGAAACUUGACAUAAUUGUCCGGAGGAUGAAGGACAUGCCCAGAGUCAUGGCUCUGUCUCUCUACCUGCCUAACUGUGACAGGAAGGGCUUCUUCAAGCGCAAACAGUGUAAGCCCUCCAGGGGGCGGAAGCGCGGUAUUUGCUGGUGCGUAGAUAAAUUUGGAGCAACGAUACUGGGAACAAACUACAGUGGAGGUAACAUCCAGUGCAAAGACCCAGAGAACAACAGUAACAACAAAUGAAUUAUUUGUUAACGUGUCCAGUCUCCAUCUUUUCACUGCCAAAACAACCUAAAGAAUCUUUAAAGCUGCUCAUUUAUCUGUUUAUAGGCAAAAUUAGAAAACAAGUUUGUAUUCAUAAGAUUUGUCUGCACCUCAUUCAUACACUAUAUUGCCAAAAAUAUUCGCUCACCCAUCCAAAUAAUCAGAAUCAGGUGUUCCAAUCACUUCCAUGGCCACAGGUGUAUAAAAUCAAGCACCUAGGCAUGCAGAAUGUUUUUACAAACAUUUGUGAAAGAAUGGGUCGCUCUCAGGAGCUCAGUGAAUUCCAGCGUGGAACUGUGAUAGGAUGCCACCUGUGCAACAAAUCCAGUCGUGAAAUUUCCUCACUCCUAAAUAUUCCACAGUCAACUGUCAGCUGUAUUAUAAGAAUGUGGAAGUGUUUGGGAACGACAGCAACUCAGCCACGAAGUGGUAGGCCACGUAAACUGACGGAGCGGGGUCAGCGGAUGCUGAGGCGCAUAGUGCGAAGAGGUCGCCAACUUUCUGCAGAGUCAAUCGCUACAGACCUCCAAACUUCAUGUGGCCUUCAGAUUAGCACAAGAACAGUGUGCAGAGAGCUUCAUGGAAUGGGUUUCCAUGGCCGAGCAGCUGCAUCCAAGCCAUACAUCACCAAGUGCAAUGCAAAGCGUCGGAUGCAGUGGUGUAAAGCACGCCGCCACUGGACUCUAGAGCAGUGGAAACGCGUUCUCUGGAGUGACGAAUCGUGCUUCUCCAUCUGGCAAUCUGAUGGACGAGUCUGGGUUUGGCGGUUGCCAGGAGAACGGUACUUGUCUGACUGCAUUGUGCCAAGUGUAAAGUUUGGUGGAGGGGGGAUUAUGGUGUGGGGUUGUUUUUCAGGAGCUGGGCUUGGCCCCUUAGUUCCAGUGAAAGGAACUCUGAAUGCUUCAGCAUACCAAGACGUUUUGGACAAUUCCAUACUUCCAACUUUGUGGGAACAGUUUUGAGCUGGCCCCUUCCUCUUCCAACAUGACUGUGCACCAGUGCACAAAGCAAGGUCCAUAAAGACAUGGAUGACAGAGUCUGGUGUGGAUGAACUUGACUGGCCUGCACAGAGUCCUGACCUCAACCCGAUAGAACACCUUUGGGAUGAAUUAGAGUGGAGACUGAGAGCCAGGCCUUCUCGUCCAACAUCAGUGUGUGACCUCACAAAUGCGCUUCAGGAAGAAUGGUCAAAAAUUCCCAUAAACACACUCCUAAACCUUGUGGACAGCCUUCCCAGAAGAGUUGAAGCUGUUAUAGCUGCAAAGGGUGGACCGACGUCAUAUUGAACCCUAUGGAUUAGGAACGGGAUGUCACUUAAGUUCAUAUGCGAGUCAAGGCAGGUGAGCGAAUACUUUUGGCAAUAUAGUGUAUCUUUUAAUAGCUCUGAGAUCUUUUCUGUAUAAUCUUAAAUAUGUGGCUCUUUUUGUCUGCUAUUUUGAAUGUUUGUUUUUUUUUUUUACUUUGACAAUGUACAGCAUAGAUAAAUCAGUGCUAAUAUAAUAAAAGCCCAUUUCCUUCCCCCAAAAAUGACAGCUGUCAUUUACUAUAAACAGUAAAUGUACCUCAAAAAAACUCAAAAAUCCAAUCAUUCGUAGCCUAUUUAACUGAAUGGACAUACCGGUACAUACAUUUCUCCAUCUCUGUUAAAUCUGGUAGAGGCUUUAAACAUAAGCUAUAUACAAAAGUGUGUUAUUUAUUAAUGGCUUAUUAUACUAUAUGGCUAUAGGUUUGUGGACACCUGCUCAUCACACACAGAUAUUCAUUUUAAACAUCCCAUUCUAGAUUUAGUCCUCUUUUUGCUGUUAUAAUAAUUUUCAAAAAUCUGGGAAUUCUAUUUCUUUACACUUUGUAGUCUAGGUCUGGCAGUUAUUUUGGGUGAGGAGGUCUGGGGUGCUGUUUGUGUUCCAGUUCAUCUCAAAGAGGUUCAGGUCUGGGUUCUUUGUAGGUCACUUGAAUUUUACCACUCCAACCUUGGGACAUCUAUUCAUGGACUUUGCUUUGUCCACAGGGGCAUACUUUAACAUGCUUGGGACUAGGCUUCUUAGUUCUGUUGAAGGGUAUACAAAUAUCCAAUACAACUGUGUACUUACAACUUUGUGGCAACACUUUGUGGAAGACCCACAUUUGGGUGUGAUGGCCAAAUGUUGUAUAUUAAAGGAAGACCUUGCUAUAUCAAUACAUAAUGGAAUAAUGCCAACUAGUAUUGGCUCUAAUGGAAAUCUCAGUGCCUUUUUUACAGUGCAGAUGCAUUUGAAUUCUAAUUUACAUAAGGACUACAGAGAACAAAUACAUAUUCAUACCAGACAUACACAGUUCAGGAAUAAAUUCUAAUUAACAAUGCUAAGAGAUAAGAGAAUAUUUGUAUGAUAAAAAAACAAACAGGCUGAACAUCUGAAAAUUGAAACAUGAAUUCAUCUGGUGCUUUGGAUUUUUAAAAGGAUAUUUUGUAUAUUUUGUAUUAAAAUCUUUGUGCUGUGUGUGAAGUAGGUUAUUGCAAUUCUGAAAUUAAAUGAUGGAAUUUGAAGAGGGCAGUUAUCACCUGGACAACACUGUAAGUGUUCAUGAAUAAAAGCCCUUUCCUUUAAAUCUGUUAUUAAUAGAAAUCUUAUACCUGCAGUCCCCUGUGACAGAGUGCCUAUUUUAAAGAGAGAGCAUUAUUAUACUCAUUUAAAAAUACACUGUAUAACAUUUUAGAUCAAUGUCAGAUAAAUACUAUGAGUAUCAGAUGAUUGUCAAAAGCAAGUGAAAAAAGAGUAGCUUUCUUUGUCAGAAUAUCAGUAUGGUCUAUGUAUUCACUGCAUAAUUUUAUUUUUGGUCUUUUUUGUAAUACAAAUUUGUUCAAAUAUCGUUAUCUACCUGAAUGUAAGAAUAAGAAUUAAAUGUAAUAAAAUGUUUAAUAAAUGCUUAAUGACCUGCAUCAUUAAUCAGAAUCCAAUCAAGUUAAUUGGCCAAGUAUGUUUUUAAACACGGAAUUUGGUACUAGCUGUUGGUGACCCUCAAAAGUAAAGAUAUACAAUAACUACACCAUACAUUUAAUUUAAACCAAUGCUAUACAGAAAAAAGGUAAAGUCCACAAUAUACAGAUUAUGAGACAAGUUAUAAAUGUAUAUAAAGUGAGAUAGUAGAGUAGCAAGUAGCAAGAGAGUGUUUAACAUAUGGGGGAGUGGUGAGUGACUGUUCUUACAUUACAGUAUAUGUAGAUGUAAAGUGAACUGUAACAAGAGCAUGUUGGUCAGCUGUUUAUGAGGGUGAUUGCUUGUGAAAAAAAAAACUGUUCCUAUGCCUGGCAGUUUUGGUGUAUAAUGUUCUAUAGUGCCUGCCAGACAGGAGUAGUUGAAAAAGGUUGUGUCCAGGGUGUGAGAGGUCUGUAGUGAUUUUUCCUGCCUAUUUCCUCAUUCUUGUGCAGUCAUGUCAAGUCAUGGAGAGUGAGUGGGGUAACACCAAUGAUUUUUUUCUGCUGUUUUUACUGUUUACUGCAGUCUGUACCUUUCCUGGUUUGUGGCUACACCAAACAGUGAUGGAUGUGCACAGGAUGGAUUCAAUGAAUGCAGUGUAGAUCUGUAUCAGCAGCUCCUUUGGCAGACCAAACUUUUUUAAAUGGCGAGGAAAAUGCAUCUUUUGGUGUGCCUUUUUGAGUAGUGUUAACAGGUGUCUUCUUAAGUCCACUGUCAUUUCCAUAGUUUUAAGCAUGUUCAACUCCAUAUUGUUCUAACUGCACCAUAGUACCUGCCACUCCACCUCCUGCCAAUAUGCAGACUCAUCGCCACCUUGGAUGAGUCUAAUGCGUAGUGUCAUCUGCAAACUUCAGGAGUUUAACAGCAGGGUCCUUGGGUGUGCAGUCAUUAAUAUAAUGGGAGAAUAGCAGUGGGGAGAGGACAAAUCCCUGAGGAUCACCAGUGCUGACUGUCCAUAAUGGAGGCAACUCUGCCCAGACUCAUCUGCUGAUUCCUGCCUGUCAGAAAGCUAGUGAUCAACUGACAGAUGGCAGGGGGUACUGUUAGCUGUAGGAGUUUGAAGGAGAGGAUUUCUGGGAUUAUUGUGUUAAAACCUGAACUGAAGUCAACAAUCAAAAUCCAUGCAUAUAUCCCUGGGCAGUCAAAGUGUUGCAGGAAAUAGUGCAGCCCCAUGUUGACUGCAUCAUCCACUGACCUGUUUCCUCUGUAAGCAAACUGCUGGGGAACUAGUAACUGUCCUGUGAUAUUUCUCAGGUGGGCAGAUACUAGCUGCUCAAAGGACUACAGACCAGUAUCUACAGACCAGUAUCACUUCUCUUGUUUCUUUCUAAAAUUCUUGAAUGCAUUGUUUAUAAUCAAUUGUCUGAUUAUCUCUUGCAGAACAACCUCCAUGAUACCAACCACUGGCUUCAAAGCAGCACAUUUCACAGAGAUUGCCCUUUUGGCUGUCAUUGAGAAACUACAUGCUACAAUCAGCCAAGCUGUCAUCUGUCCUCGUUAUUCUCGAACUUUCUGCAGCAUUUGACACAGUAAACAACAAGACUCUCUUGUGCACCCUCAGGAGUCUUGGAAUUUGUUGAACAGCAUGGAAAUGCUUCCUACCUGGGUGGUCGCUCAUAUCAGGUAACAUGGAGGGGAUCAACAUCUGCUCACACAGACUCUCCAGUGGUGUCUCACAAGGCUCAGUACUUGGUCCUCUCAUUUUCUCUCUCUAUACUCACUCUCUUGGCAAAGUUAUAUACUCACAUGGGUUCUCAUACCACUGCUAUGCCAAUGACACCCAACUUAUCUUCUCCUCCACCCCCUCCCAUGGCUUCUGCUUGGAUCUCAGCAUGUCUGGCAGAUAUUUCAUCAUGAAUGACAGCUCAUCAGCUGAAACUCGAUCCCAGCAAAACUGAACUGUUGGACAUCCUAGGUGAUUCAUCCGCAGCCCAGGAUCAUGCAAUAUCUCUGAAAAAACUACAUGAUCUCCCCUUCAGCCACUCCUAGCAACCUUGGGGUAACCAUGGACAAUAAACUGUCCUUUUCCUGUUGUGACAUGUUACUAAUGUCACACGCUUACGUAGGUUUCUUCUGUACAAUAUCAGAAGGAUUUGGCCAUUUCUAUCCACACAGGCUACUCAGGUGCUUGUUCAGUCUCUUGUCAUUUCACGACUGGACUACUGCAACUCUCUACUGGCAGGUCUACCUCUGAAUUUAAUUUGUCCACUGCAAAUGAUCCAAAAUGCUCUCCCACACCACCUGCUCUGCUUCCUCCACUGGCUUCCAGUAGCUGCAUGCAUCAGAUUCAAAACACUGACGCUUGCCUACAAAGCUAAGAAUGGACCAGCACCAUCUUACCUCAAAGCUCUUAUUACUCCUCGCAAUGCACCUCAGUCCCUCUGAUCCACUAGCACUGCUCGACUGUUCCCACCAUCUCUUAGGGCACAAGAUUACAUCUACUCUUUUCUCUGUUCUGGCACCGAGGUGGUGGAAUGAACUUCCCCUAGAUGUCUGUACAAUGGAGUCUCUUACUGUCUUCAAACAACGGAUGAAGACACACCUCUUCCAGAAGCACUUAAAAAUUUUUCUUGUUUGUUUUAUGUACUGCUGUAUGUUGUAUGUACAUAUUACAUAGUACACAAUGACUUCAUAAUGAUAGAUGUCAGAGUGACAGGCAUGUAGUUAUUUAGUCCUGGAAUGGAGGGUUUCUUGUGGACUGGAAUGAUGGUAGAGUCUUUGAAACAGGAGGGGACUUCACACAGGUCCAGUGAUCUGUAAAAGAUAUGGGUGAAGAUUGGAAACAGUUGGGUAGGAAAUGCAGAAUAGCCAAUUCACAUCCUUUUAGCAAAUUGUAAUUGUCUGAGUAUUGGGGGGAGUUGUUAUGGGGUUAUCAGACAUGUGAUGGGGUGGGUGAAAGGUGUGAAGAUAUACUUUUUGA